GAAGAAAAUAAUUGGGGAGUGUUCAAGCAUUCGAGCCAACCUCCGACCCCUCUAAGCUCCUGCUGCUGUUCUCGGAGCUUAAUGAUCAAGGGCUUUCACAGAAAUGAGUCAACUCUCAAAUGCCUUCUCAUGGCUGAAUCUGAGCGUCCCAGAUAGCCGGGAUGAUGCAGAAACUCGUGGGGAAACUGAGAUGGUAAAUGGAGGAGGAAAAGCCAAGGACAAAGAUGAUAGCUCAGGAGAGGUGACUGCGCUCAAACAUGAAAAUGGGGUUCAGAGGUCACCUUUGCUUCCAGGAGAGUACAAAUUUCCGCUUGUAUGGAUUGACCUUGAGAUGACUGGUUUGAUUAUUGAGGUUGAUAGGAUAUUGGAGAUUGCCUGUGUAAUUAGAGAUGGAAAUUUGACCAAAUCAAUUGAGGGUCCUGAUUUGGUUAUACAUCAAAACAAGGAGUAUCUGGACAAUAUGGGAGAAUGGUGUCAAAGCCAUCAUGCAACAAGUGGUUUGACUCAGAAGGUUCUCAAGAGUACCAUCACUGAAGAAGAAGCCGAGAAGCAGGUAGCUGAAUUUGUCAAGAGAAACAUAAGGACGUAUACACCACUACUUGCUGGAAAUUCAGUCUAUAUGGAUCUUCUGUUUUUGAAGAAGUUUAUGCCAAAUUUGGCAAGUUUGUUUUCACAUGUACUUGUUGAUGUCAGCAGCGUAAGGGCAUUGUGUCUUCGUUGGUAUCCACGAGACAAUAGAAAGGCACCUCAAAAGAAAAACAAGCACAGAGCUAUGGAUGACAUUAAGGAGAGCAUAGCAGAACUCAAAUACUACAAGGAGCACAUAUUCAAAGCCUCCAAGUCUAAAAAGUGAUAGUGCACAUAUUCAAAGACUCUAAGUCUAAAAGGUGAUAGUGAAGGAGAUUUGUAUCUCAUGUUGAGGAUUCUUUUCAUCUGAUUCCCAAAAUGAGGGGUUGUGUGCCAGUGGAAAGUGAUACGAGCAGUUAAAUGUAUCUGUCUUUUUGUCCAAGUUAUGAGCUUAUGAUGCUUGGCAAACUGAUUUCCGAGUACCUUCACAUCCUUGGCUAUCAUGUAUAAUUGGAUUUAAUUUAUGUACACUGAUCGUGUAAAGAAUUUUUACGUUAUUAGA